CGUCAUUGCACAACCAGGUGAAAUUUGGGUAGACUCAACCGAAGUACAAGCCCAACUAUUUAUGAAAAGACUAAGUAAUGUCUUAGAUACGAGCCCAACACAUACUUCCCUACUUCUAAACAAGUAAUCGGAAGCCCGAAAAUUCGGACCGGCCCGACCCUGAAUUCAAUUGCCCGAAAUGGUCAACCCGGUCUUCGGGCCUUUUUUAUUUCUAUUCAAGCCGGGCCCAAAAUUCAGGCUCCACAUGGUCAAUCUCGAAUGGCCCCGACCGGUCCGAAAGUUUUAGUAUGUCUAUUCAUAUUUGUGAUAAAAAAAAAAUUAUGAAAACCCACUUUUUUAAUUUCAGAAAGGGGAAAAACCUUUGAUUCUUACUACUUGCCUAAACUCUUGAAAUAAGGAAAAAUAUAUUAUGGAAAAUAUUAGUAUUUAUAAAAAGUAAGUAACCCAAAUUAAAAUUAAGUAGGUCUUCCCAAAUUGCAUUUAACAUGGGUAUUAGGUAUAAAAUAACACACGCAAUUUGCAAUAGUAUUUUAAAAAAAUUUAACUGGAAUAAUCAAAGAAAAAAUUAAACAUACCAUAAAUCCAAUUGCGUCACUUUCGUGCAUAAGCAUUUAACUACGCACUUUCGUGCAUAAUCAUCCUUGAUAACUGGUAAGUGCUAGUACUUGGAUUUACAAAUUACCAAUUUACAAUUGAGAUCGUUGCUUUAUCGUUUUAUUAUCGAUAAGCGGACUUAUUUGAUUCAAAAAUUUUGAAAUGAAACUAGGGCAUGUUAAAUUUAUAGGAUCAUUACGAUCCUUGAUGACCUCACAAAAACUUCAUAAUCACAUGCUUUUGCACUUGACUUGCUGAGUUCUUAGGUGGCAUGUGUAAGAUUUAAUUCCAUGUUGAUAAAUAUGUAGUUCCUUAUUGAUAAAUGGGGGAGCUCGCUGGCGAUAAACAUGUCGAGUACAUUUUGUCCGUUGAAAAGAAAAAAGAUAGUUUUGAGUCGGUGGUAAUGAAGCACUUGAGAUUGAAUGGAGCAUAUUGGGGAUUUACCACUCUAGAUCUUCUUGGAAAACUUGACACUGUGGAUUCAAAUGAAGUUGCUUUAAGGAUCCUGCAAUACCAGCACGAGUCUGGCAGCUUUGGUGGAAAUAUGGGACGUGAUCCGCAUCUGCUGUAUACACUCAACGCUUUGCAAGUUUUGGCCCUUUCUGACAAGCUAGAUGUUCUGGACAUCAAUAAGCCACAUAAGGCUCACUAAUUCCGGAGUAGAAUUACGCAUAAAACAAUGAAGCAUCAGGGAAGUAAAUUGAGAUGCACAACUGCCUGACCAAGCACCUUGCAACGAAGUGGCUCAUUUUGCUCUCUUCUUUCAGUUCAAAUCAGAAGAUUGUUGCAAAACGGAGAACGGGAACGUGGGAGUAAUCAUUAAGCUACAAGAUCUGGUGUUUCUGCUUCAACAGAUAACAAAGCCGUGUGUACUUUGUCCAGCCAAUUGUCCAGUCGGUCAUGCAGUAAUUUGACCUGUGGAAUCCCCAAAACUCUUGGCCGCACCCAUGAAACGUAUACUGUCCCCUCAACUUGAUCGAUUAUGCCCUCCACAAGAUGAACCUGAGUUGAGAUUCUAAUGAUUAGACUACUGUAAAAUAAGGUAAAUGCUUGAAUAUCGGUUUUCCAUUACGUAUGCUAGAGCAGAGAAGGUGCAAGCAAUUACAACAUCCAUGUAUUUGCCAUUACGGCGUAUGCAAGAAAAGGAAAUUGUACUCUAGAUUUUGAGCAA